UACUAUUUUUGAGCCCGAAUAACCUUCCUUUUCGGAUCCGGGUUGCCCGAUUUCAAAACCCGUCCUGGACCGUUGUCUUUGAUUACCAUCCGGUGAGAUUUUGAUGCGGUGAGAGCGUGUUGAUUUCGAUAUGGAGACAGAGAAUGCAGUGAAUUACUCGUAUAUGGGGCGGAGCUUUAAUGAUUUGAGUGUCAACGAUGAUUCUUCCGCUUUCAGUGAUUGUAACAGCGACAGAUCCGGGGAGUUCCCGACGGCGGCGUCGCAAAGUCGGCGGUUAUUUCUUUCCUGUACUAAUACUGAGAACUCCGAUGAAUUGAUAAGGCAACUCGUAUCGGAUCUCGAUUCCUGUUCAAUUGACGACCAAAAGCACGCGGCCUUAGAGCUUAGAUUAUUGGCAAAGAACAAACCGGAGGAUCGAAUCAAGAUCGCUAAAGCCGGUGCGAUUAAGCCGUUGAUUUCGUUAAUCUCAUCCGCCGAUCCUUAUCUUCAAGAAAACAGCGUGACGGCGAUUUUGAAUCUUUCUUUAUGCGAUGAGAACAAAGAACUCAUAGCUUCAUCGGGAGCGAUUAAGCCACUGGUUAGAGCUUUGAUGACGGGAACUCCCACGGCUAAAGAAAACGCGUCUUGUGCUUUGCUUCGGCUCUCUCAAGUAGAAGAAAACAAGGUCGCAAUCGGACGGUCAGGGGCCAUUCCACUUUUAGUUGAUCUUCUCGAAAACGGUGGAUUUCGCGGGAAAAAGGAUGCAUCGACGGCUCUGUAUUCAUUAUGCACAGUUAGAGAGAACAAGAUCAAGGCCGUGGAAGCGAGGAUCAUGAAACCACUAGUAGAAUUAAUGGCUGAUUUCGGUUCGAACAUGGUGGACAAGUCGGCUUUCGUUUUGAGCGUGUUGGUAACAGUACCGGAAGCCAAAACGGCUUUAGUUGAAGAAGGAGGGAUUCCCGUAUUGGUUGAAAUCAUUGAAGUUGGAUCGCAAAGGCAAAAGGAAAUCGCCGUGGUGAUCUUGUUGCAGAUCUGCGAGGACAGUGUGGUGUACCGUACUAUGGUGGCCCGCGAAGGAGCGAUUCCUCCCUUAGUCGCUUUGUCUCAGUCAGGCACCACACGCGCCAAGCAAAAGGCAGAGAAACUGAUAGCGCUGCUUCGGCAACCAAGAUCCGUCAACGCCGCUGCCAGUUCCUCCGAUCUGUCAGUAUAAAAUCUUUCCUUCCACCAAAUACCCGUUGUAAUUAAAGAAAGAACACCGAGAUAGAGCUUUUACGAGGAGAAAAUGUGAAUAAAAAAUGUAAAUAUCUUAUAUGGAAAUUGAUCUUGUGUUAUGAAA